CUCGGGGGCGCGCAUUACGUCACUUCUCCUCCUCAUGAUUUGCUGCGUGGGUCACCUCGCUGCCCGUAUCCAGCCUCUGCAUCCUGUAAGGCUGGUCCUGCCACCGCCAUCACCAUCUUCAUCGUCACCUUCGCCACGGACGGCUGAUCCGCGUCUCUUCUUCUAGGGGAAACCGCUGGUUGGGGUGAGCGCGCCUUCCCCACCUUGCACUGGCGGACAGUUUCGAGGAUGGCGGAGAGCGAGGCUGACACGCCGAGCACACCGAUCGAGUUUGAGAGUAAAUACUUCGAGUUUGACGGAGUGCGGCUGCCGCCCUUCUGCAGAGGGAAGAUGGAGGAGAUCUCCAACUUCUCCCUGAGAAGUAGCGACAUAUGGAUUGUCACCUACCCGAAAUCAGGAACCAGUCUGCUGCAGGAAGUUGUGUUUCUAGUGAGUCAGGGAGCAGAUCCCGAUGAGAUUGGCCUUAUGAACAUCGAUGAACAGCUCCCUGUCAUAGAAUACCCCCAACCUGGGCUGGAUGUUAUACAGGAGCUGACAUCACCUCGCUUGAUAAAAAGCCAUCUUCCCUACAGAUUCCUCCCUACAGCUAUGCACAACGGAGAGGCCAAGGUUAUCUACAUGGCCAGGAACCCUAAAGACCUGGUGGUAUCCUACUAUCAGUUCCACCGCUCUCUCAGGACUAUGAGCUACCGUGGAACUUUUCAAGAGUUCUGUCGGCGCUUCAUGAAUGAUAAAUUGGCAUAUGGUUCCUGGUUUGAACAUGUUCAGGAAUUCUGGGAGCAUCGUAUGGACUCCAAUGUCCUCUUCUUGAAAUAUGAAGACAUGUUCAAGGAUCUGGGGAUGAUGGUGGAGCAGCUGGCCAGGUUCCUCGGUGUUUCCUGUGACAAAGCUCAGCUGGAGGUUCUGGUGGAGAACUGCAACCAACUGAUUGAGCAAUGCUGCAAAUCUGAGGCACUGUCCAUCUCUAGCUGCCGUGUGGGUGUGUGGAGAGAUGUCUUCACAGUGUCUAUGAAUGAAACAUUUGAUGCUUAUUACAGACAGAAGAUGGCCAAAUCUGACCUAACCUUUGACUUCUGUCUGUGAGGACUGUGGCCCCCCCCCCCCCCCUGACCCCACUGAUCUCUACAAGUGCUCAUAUCUUAGAAGAAAUCCACGCUUCUGCAACGCUUCUCCAUCGGCUCAAGUCUAACUGUGCAGUCAUAGGAUGACUUGAAUAUUUUUUUUUCCAAUAAUGCAAUCUGUUUUGCUGAAAUCACACAGUUGCAGCCAGCUAGAAAUCACUGUGCAACUUCUAAAAUAUCCUUGAACAAACAAACUGCCCAAAUCUACACUACCAGUCAAAAGUUUGGACUCAUCUCUCAUUCAAUGGAUUUUCCUUAUGUUUAUUACUUUCGACACUGCAGAUGCAUAAUGAAGGCAUCAAAACUCAAACUCAAGUAUAUAGAAUUAUUGAUCAAAAACAAAAUUGUGAA